GUUCGUUUUAAAAAGGAUAUAAAUAUCAAUGUUUCUAACAGUCACAGACACAGUUCAACAAAAGCAUUCGCCUGCUCAAAUCGUUCACAAACGCGAACCAACUUUGAAAAUGAAGGUCUUCAUCGCUUUGCUAUCUCUAAUUCUGGCCGUCGCUGCCCACGGAUCCUACGUUCCAUCGGUUUGGUCUUCCCACUCUCUCGGAUGGAACUCAUGGAAUGGCUGGAACAAUUGGAACGGAUUGAACAGCUGGGAUGACCACAGUUCGGUUGCCUGGCCGGCAUAUGGAAAUUCGUGGUCAUCUGCAGCAUGGCCAGCGGCUUCCCUCUACAACAAAGGCUGGAAUGGAUGGUACGCACCAAAAACCACCGUCGUUCAGGCCAACAUUGCCAAAGUGAGCCCAUGGGGACUUCCCUGGGGAUCAUACGGACAUGGCUACAACAACUAUUUGGGAGGAGUGCCGACUGCCAAAUACAUCGCUGCUAAUCCAGGAGCAGUUCAUGUAGCUCCCCUUGUUGGUCAUGCCGUCAACCAGAAACUGAUUGUUGCUUAGUUAGAAAAGUUA